AUGCAAAGGCCAUCGAUGACGCUAUUAGACGAGCGCCAGCAGCGCAGCGAGUGUGGAGCGCCGAGUGCCCCGCCGCCUCCCACCCUGCCGCCUCCGUCGCCGCCGCCUCCGUGGGGGCCUCCGUGUCUGCGCAGCGCGGCCCGCGGCUCCCGGAGGAGCAGCCGAGCGCGGGGCCCGGCGCGGACGCGGGGCGCGGCCAUGGCGGACGGUGCGGGAGCAGGCGCGGGGGCCCAGGCUACGGGCCCGGCGGCAGGCUCGAGUGGGGCAGGCGGCCCAGUCAAUCCUGCUUCGCUGCCCCCGGGAGACCCGCAGCUCAUCGCCCUCAUAGUGGAACAGCUCAAGAGCCGUGGCCUGUUUGACAGCUUCCGCCGGGACUGCCUGGCCGACGUGGACACCAAGCCAGCUUACCAGAACCUGAGGCAGAAGGUGGAUAAUUUUGUGUCAACACAUCUGGACAAACAGGAAUGGAAUCCUGCAAUGAACAAGAACCAGUUGCGAAAUGGGCUGAGGCAGAGUGUGGUUCAGUCAGGCAUGUUGGAAGCAGGAGUGGACAGGAUCAUCUCUCAGGUGGUGGACCCCAAACUAAACCACAUCUUCAGGCCACAGAUAGAGCGAGCAAUCCAUGAGUUCCUGGCCGCCCAGAAGAAAGAAGCUGUGCCAGCUCCCCCUCCAGAACCUGAGAGCCAGGACCCUCCAGUGCCAUCCCAAGACGCUUCCUAAGAAUAUGCCUGAUACCUUUGGAAAGCUCCAUUUAAUGAAGAAAUGGAUUCCUGUUUCAUAUGAAUAUAAGUUUAGUCGACCAUGCCACUACUGAUGUCAAGAAUCUGGCCUUGACUGGGGUGAUGUCCAUAUGGAUGGAGAGCAAGUGUGGUGGUGGGACAGUUGUCCAUACUUGCUCACGCAUUGUACUGCCUUUUGACUAGUCUGUCAAGGGUGUGACCCCAGUAGACACUACAGAGGUUUAAGCACUACAGUGAUGACCUGGGCUGUCCUGAACAAACCUUUAUACUUGAACACAGCCCCUGCAUGUGGGUGUUAGCACCUGUGCUCUGCGGUAUGCAGGAGGCAGGCUGGAGGCCAGCGGGUUAGGACAGCAAGGGUCAUUGGGAGCAGCUGUUUGACGGUGGCUUUGAUGUUGUUGGUAGAGUUACAGGCUGCAAUGUGCAGCAGUUAGCAUCAGUAGCCUUAAGGUGGUUGUGACCUGUGUUUGGGAUUUAGCAGUUUCCUUUCUCUUGUCAGAGGUAGCAUUGGAGCCCUGGAGUGAGUGAGGAAGCCGAGACUCGGGGUACAAGGAAAGCCCGACAGCCUCUGUCCUAGCACCUCCCUGUCCACAGGGGCAAGUCACUCUGGGAUGUGGUGCUCAGUUCUUGUGUUUGUGUUUUUGAGAAACAACUGCUAAUAAAUAAGAUGUUUUACAGUAAA